ACAACAUUGCAACCUGAGACGGGAUAGACAGUCGUUUGCCUGGCUAAGUAAACCUGCUAACUUAGCCACUCCGCUAGCCUCCGUGUUAACUAAGUGUCACGACUUGCAAUUAUCGCGCUGAGUUUGUUGGACAUACCAGAGUUUGGAGUUGUUUCGACGAGAGAGGCGAGGAAAAUCCCGACUUCGCCGUUUGGCUUCUUCGACUCGUUCCUCCUGUGUGAUAUGACAUCGCGGCUUGCUUUCAACAAAAGCCCAAGCUCUGCAGCAGACGGUUGACUUCUGGUCAGGAUGGCUGCUCAGGUAGAGGUUCAAACUGGGGAGGUUGGGAGGACAGUGGCUGGUGGACGACCCUACCUGAGUCCUCUGACUGACUCCAGGAACAAAAGCCUCAGUGACAUCCCUUCUAUCAGUGAAUCCCAUAUCAUUGUAUCAGAAGCUGACAAACCUGCUCCGAGCCCCAAGCCACGACUCACUCCCAAACCAUUUGCUGUGGAGAAAAAUCCCACUAUUAAACCCAUAUUGGCUCCUAAACCCCAAACCAAACCCCGACCAGAGUCGACACGCCUUGCUGGAUGUAAGCCAGAACCGCCAAAUACGCCAAAACCAUCACCGAAACCAGUGURGACUAACCCUAACCGCCCUGCCUCUACUUCCUUUAGAACGUCUAAUAAGUUGAACACAGGACAGACAAUCAAACCAGUAGUCCAGCCCUUUAAACCAGCCCCUCCCAUUGACCUUGCAGAACCCAGUAAACCCACCCGUCCUGUGCCAGRUGAGCGGCAGAAACCUGCUGCAUCAAGCUUGGCCUAUUCCAAGAGCCUUAAAACACUUUCACCAACAGAGUGGUCUGGAACUACUGAAAAGCAACACGGGAGUAAGCAGAAUGGACCAAAUAAAGGUGGAACCUCCGUAACAAGAGCUAAGUCCAUGGGUUCUCUGUUUGAGGUAGGAAAGGAAGAGGAAGAGGAGGAGAAGAAAGACAAAGUUCAGCCAGAAGGAUCUGUGAUACUGCGACCCCAGCCCCGAAGCCCGAGGCCCAGACCUGUUUCAGCCAUUUUCUCUGACACUCCAACUAAGACAGAAACUCCAGACCCUGCUCCUCGUUGGACCGGGAGACGACCCCUUUCGGCAGACCUGACGUCCAAGUUUGAGUCGAUUGGUCUGUCUCUGCAUCGUAAAAGUCCCAAAGAAAAUACAAAGGAAAACACUCCAACAGAGAAGGCACCUCCACCGGAGAAAGAGCAAGAUAAAAGUCCGAACAUCUCCACACCUGAAAGCACUGGAGGUGUAGCCAUUCCAUCUGUCCUUGACCAAAAUGAUUACAAAGCUGAAGAAACUACUGUAAAWGAUGCUGGCAUCAAGUCACAUGUUAGUCAUUUCCUUGAUUCAUCGUCCCCUCUGGGGGUGGGUGCUUCAGGUCAAGAUCUUCCCUCUCCAGUGCAGCCGGGUUCUGAACCAGCAGAACCAUCAGUGGGUGUUAAACAGCURAUCAAGCAACUGACUGAGGAUGCAACACCGACUCAGAGUCCUGUCUUAAAGCCAACACCGAAGCCCCGCCCCUUACCUCUUGAUCUUACUAAAAGGUUUUCAUCUGAGAGGUCACCAGACCUCGUUUCAGUCACUGAGGCUGCAGACCACAUGGGAAUCAGCAAAGACCCUCAGACAGGGACUGAAGAGUCAGCUGUCACUCCCAAUGACCACAAGAUGUUUUUGGAUUUUCAAGACCCUCCAGAGCAGCUAAAGAAUGUCCCCACUCCUGAAGGUUCUGAGGCUGGGCAGCUCUGGGCUGCUUCCAAGGAAAAUGAUGAAGCACUCACGGUGCGGGCGUCCUUGUUUGAUAAUGUUGUGGAGAGGCAAAAGGUGUUGAUGAUAGAACAGGGCGAAUCUGCAAACACAGCCAAGGACUCACUCAGUAAAAAGGAAGAAGUAGAGGACAUAGGGACUCUGGUCACUGCCACCUACAAGGAACCUGUAUCUCCUUCAGGUCCUCUCCGGGUGUCUCAUGCGUUUGACACAAUGCAGGCAGUGGAACAGAACAGGGCAGUGAGUGAGAGCGUCCCUGUGGCCCAGUGGGAAGACAAGGCCAUGACCCUCCGAUCGAGACGCUCAGAGGCCAACAGGUCGGCGGUGGACAGGAAUGAACCAGCACAAACACAGGCAGCUACAGCACCGAAACCAGAAACACAGCCACGAUAUCUCAGAGUAGGGGCGUUACAUAAGUGGACCACCUCAUAUCUCGAUGGAGAUGCAGGUCCUGAUGUAGGGGCAUUAAAGGAAUCGGAACGGGAAGGACAAGUGGCUUUGGAUAAAGGUCAAGACAGACAAAGAGUGGGGUACCAGGAUGAAGUGUCUGCACCCCCUAAACAAUCAAAAGUCCAGCCGGCAGAAGAACAGACAAAACCCAGGGCGACUUACUUUGCUCUGACUGGACAAAUGCAGGAGCCGUCUUCUCCUGGAGAUGGAGGAAUAAAGUUUGGGGACACGCCCUUUGAUGACUUCUGUGUGAGAAGUGGCUCACAGGGAAAAGUUUUUCCAGCGAGAAGGAAUCCCUUGCUAGAAGAAAGCUUUGGGAAAACCUCUCAAUCUUAUGAGAAAUUCGAAGAAUUUAUGCUGAGGAACCCUACCUCGUCCGUGGACCUCCGGUCACAGAUAUAUGAGCAAAGCAGGGAAGAAACAACAGAAGCUGACAAGCUGAGAGAUCAAAGAUGUGAGGCAGAAAGGCUCAGGGCCAAAGCUAAAGAGCUUGAAAAGGAAAAACAACGAAUGAAGGAGUUGGAAAUGCAAAAACACUUUCAAAGGCAACGGCAGGAAGCACUGGAAAAGGAGCGUGCAUUGGAAAGACAGAAACAGACUGAGCUUGAAAACCAGAGACUGCAAGAAUUGGAGAAAAAACAAAAGAGAGAAAUUGAAAAAGAGAGACAGCGGCAACUCCAGAAAGAAAAACAAGAAGAACUGGAGAUGAAGAGGGAGGCAGAAAGGGACAAAAAGCGUGAAAAGGAGAAGCAAAGGGAAGAAGAGCGACAGAGAGAGGUGGACCAGAAAAAUCAGCUAAUGCAGGAGAUGGAGAGAAUGAAAGAGAUGGAGAGACAACAAAUGUUAGAGUUUCAGAAGAUGAAGCAGAAAGAGAAGGAGAUGCAACAACUUGUUGAGUUUGAAAAGCAGAGACAAAGAGAGAAAGAAGCAGAGAAACUAAGACAGAUGGCUUUAGAACAGGAAAUGCUUAAACUGAGAGAACUUGAAAAAGAGAAGGCAAAAGAAAAAGAGAUGGAGAUCGAGCGCCUGAAAGAGAUUGAGAGAGAGAAGCAGAGGGAGCUGGAGAAACAAAGACGAGAAAGAGAGCUUGAAAGGGAGAGGCAACGACAACAGGAGGAAGAGAAGCAGAGACAGCUGGACGAGGAGCAACAGAUGAUGGAGGAGAUGGAGAGAGUUAAAGAGAUGGAGAGACAAAAAGUUUUAGAGUUUCAAAGACAGAAGCAGAAAGAAAAGGAGAUGCAACAAUUGGCUGAGUUGGAGAAGCAGAGACAAAGAGAAAAGGAAGAGAAAGAAGCUGAAAGACUGAGACAGAUCUCUUUAGAACAAGAAAUGCUGAGACUGGAAGAGCUUGAAAAAGAGAGAGCGAGACAAAAGGAGAUGGAAUGGAAAAUGCAGAAAGAGCUGGAGAGACAAAGACAGCAGGAGUUAGAAAGGGAGAAACAGAGACAGCUAGACUUUGAGAGGCAGCAGAUGGAAACAGAGAGGCUGAGGCGAGAACAGGAGAAGGAAAGAAAGAGAAAGGAGGAGCUGGAAAGUCUGAAAGAAAUGGAGAAAAGGCAGCUGCUGGAGUUUGAGAAGCAAAAACAGGCAGAGAGAGAAAAACAACAUUUAGAGCUUGAGAAACGCAGACAGAAGGAGAAGAUGGAAAAGGAGGAGGCAGAGAAAAUGAGACAAAUUGCCAAACAGCAAGAAGCAGAAAGACAGAGGAUAAAAGAGAAACAGAAGAAAGAGGAGCAGGAGAGGCUCAGACUGGAGUCGUUGGCCCUCAGACCCAAAGUUCUGGAUCUGGACACGGUGCUCAGAAAUGACCUGUUGUCUAAUCCUCCUCGCAGUGAUCCUGCCACACGCUGGAGGGAGCCUUACAAACCUGCCAUUCUUGACAUCGACUCCUUCACGCCUCAGACUCAGCCCUCCUCGAGUAAAGACAUGUUGGCUGUGUCUGGUAUUCAGGGGCUAGCUGACGAGUCUGGAGUCAGGCUACAGCCCACACCUGAAAGAGAUGUUAACUGGAAGUUGCCGUCAAUGACUGCAGUAGGGUUCUCCAGCCCCACGUGGACAGCAUCUCCUCAGGAUCCUUGGGAGCUACGACCUGUUGAGGCACCGGUAGCCAAGCCCAUUGAGCCCCAAAAGUCCACCAACAAACUCAGCCCAGAAGAGCUGUCUUUCAAGCAGGAGGAACCGGCCCCACAUCCACAAAGGAACUGGUCCGCUUUCUUCAAUGAGUCUCUCUUCUCAGCUUCUUCUCCCGGAGCAGGCCCAAAAACUGUGAACGCGUCCCAUGAACUGUCUGGCAGCACUGCUGGAGAGCAGGUCUGGAUCCCAAAAGAGCUUCAGUCUCCACAAAAGAGCAGAGUAGAGACCAAGAACCACAGAAGGUCCCAUGGAUUCCAGGACAGGAUGAGGUCUCGCAGCAUGUCCCGACGAUCGGCUCCUUCCAGCUCUGCUGAGGAGACGAGUCUCUUCAGGAUGAGGAGUCGCAGUGCCCACAGAGAGCAGGAUCGUCCCAGCUGGGUGCAGCAGAACCAAAGUGGUGAAGAGACGGAGAAGGACUCUGGAACACCUGUUCGUGACACAGACAGUCAGUAUGGGACUUGGGAGACGGGCCUGCGCUCUGACGACAGCCUGACCCCCGCUACUCCUAGUUCAGACAGCAAUCUCAGCCCCUCCCCAAGGAAGCCCACUCCACUCCAUUCACCAGGUGACCCCACCACCCAGCUGGACACUGACACCCUGGACGGUGUCCCUCCUGUGUCCUCGUCUGACACUCAGCCUUUCCCUGACGCUCCCACAGCUUUGUUAGACAACAGUGUUCUGCGCUCCAGAGCCCAGCUGGGGAAGAAACGAGCUCCGCGGACACGGCCGUCCAAGGCGGCUCGUCUGAGCGUGGUCCAGACUCAGGAGGACAGAGGAACCUCCGAGGACUGGAUUUACAAAGACUCAACAGAAACAAAGGCUGAGUGUAAAGACGACYACGACUCAGAGUCUGAGGAGAAGACCAGAGGAGCCGAGGCUGGCCCUGCUGUCGCCUCGCAGCCACAGAGGGUGGCCCUGUUUCCUGGCGUAGACCCUUCAGCUUUAAAGGCCCAGCUGAAGAAGAGGAGUGACUCUGACAAUCAGACUAACGGACCCUCUCCUUCAGUAUCUCGCUCUCCCAAGUCUCCAUUCCUCCCCCGAGCAGCGCGUGUGCUGCCCCCGCCUGGCAUGAAGGAAAACAGCGAGGAGGACUCGCCACAGUGGUUGAAGGAGCUAAAAUCCAAGAAACGCUUGAGUCAAUAUGAAAGUGAAACCUAAAUGAGGUUGCCUUAACAGAUGAACCUGUAUGAAACAGAGGCCUUAACAAGUGACUCAGUCAUUAGAAGAGAGUGGAUCUACAGCUGCUGAAUAUAUUUUUUUCAUUAGUAUUUUUUUUUUUUGUUAUUGUUUGUUUUGUUUUGUUUUUUCUCUCCACUUUCUGGGUCGAUAAAUGUGCAUGGUGCCUUUGUUUUUUCCUAACGGAGAAUCUCCAUCUUAUGGAAAAUAUAAAACAAGCGAGGACAAAAACCACCGUCAUGCUUGCUCUGCUCCAUCCAUUUCAUGAUCGAACAUGUGGAAAAUCUGCUGCACCUGGAGGGACUUUUUACGUCAAUAAACUUAACGAGGACCUGGAGAAACAUUUUUUAAAAAUGGGGGUAGAAAAAAAAAAGUCAAUCGUCAGACCACACUUUAGAUGUUUAACAUGGGACCAUGAUGCCUUGAUAUGCUUCACCGGACGCUGGAGGGAGAUCCAGUUACAGGAUUGUCUGUAUGUCGUCUCAGCUAAUAUCUGCGAGUUAGCUUCAGCUGUGUGUGUGCUGUCUGUGGCGGCUGUUGAUCAGAGUCACACAAACAUUGCCAUUGAUAACAUUUCAGACACUAAAUAACUUUUUUGAGAGAGAGAGAACAAAUCAAGCCCUGGCUUGAACUGUCUGUGGGAAUAUGUUACUUUGUUAAUACCUAUAGUCAAAUGUUAUAUUUGUACCUUUGAUUUAACAGAGAGAUAGUUUUGAAGACAGAAAACUGUAAGAUGCAUCACUACAACAGAGGCUCCUUGGCUUUUUACUUUGAUACACUCCUCAGCCUAACUGUGUUACAAUAUAUAUUAUAAUAUUUUGUCUGUAUGAGGGACUAGAGGAGGGGGCUUUUGGACAAAUAACUGCAUCUGUCAAUCAUGCACAAAACAAAUCAGCACAAACACUCGGCCUGUCUUCCCUUCGUUAAGAGACUGAACGAUCCAAGGAAAGCCAUACGUCUCGUGUACUCGCUCUCUUAUCCUUGAUCAUGUUCUGACGACGUCUUCCCAAUGAAUGUGCAAUGUUUAUUUUCCUCACCACUACAUGUGCAUGCACAAUCUGCCCCUGUCACAUCAGGCGUUUCUCUCUCCCGACGGGCUGCAAGUGGGUCAGGGUGUCGGCUCACACUACUCCAAUGGAGGGCGGGGUUUAUUUCACUACUAAACCAGUUCACUACCUUCUUUUAAACCUCUUCCCUGGUGUUUACCCCGCGCUCACACUUCUACCAAGCACUUUGUCACUUGAUGCACUACAGCACUGACCUCUGCCCCCUCCCGUUGGCCAUGUUUCCUGUUUGAACGGCUUGUCUCACUCAGUGCAAGCACAGUGAAUGUUGGAGGCUUAAAAACGAAUAUCCUUUGUUUUCUACGUGUGUGACUCUUUCUGAUCAUGAAAUCUGAGGGUUUAUAUUUUCUGUUCAUAUUUGUCCUUUUUUUUUGGAAGUAGCAAUGUGUAUUGCACUGUGUUGUACUGGCCAGUGUCCUAAAGUGUAUAAAUUCUUAAUAAAAUCUACCUGACUUGA